GUUGCUAUCCAUCUUGACUGUCAUGUCUGUUUACAGAUUGUGUCAAUGUCAGAAGUAUUAGUACCUGUUGUUAUGAUGUUGGUCCUGUGCACUGUUCAUUCCCAUAUUGUAUCGACACAUUCGGGUCCUACUAUGACGUACAAUCAAUCCAGGCAACGAAUAACAAGACGCUCUCGACACGUUAGAUCCAGAAAUGGGAAAUCAAGGCCUAGACAAAAUUUACGUGUACAUAAGGAUUCAAAAUCCUCUCAAGAUAUAGCUUCUGAGAAAGCGAGUACAGGAAGUGAAGAAGUACUCACUGCAGUAAGAUUUGCUAAGAAAGUAGUGAUUCAGAAUGGCAGCCAAUCUCAGGAACCGGCAAGCGCUCAAGUAGUAUAUGACAAAGAAUCAUUAAGUACAACUGGAGAAAAUUCUGAUCCCUCAAACGAGAAUUUAGCUAAUCGCGAACAGCAAGAUGAUGUACCAGAGGAACAUGUAGCAAAUAUACAUCAAGACGAUGAUGGCUUUGAAAGUUUAAAUGGUAAUGUUUCUAGUGAUAAUGACAAAGUGAUAGGCCGUGCCCUGGUGCAAGGAAAUAAAUCACGACUAGGUCUGCCACGACAGAAUAAAGCUCACAGGUCAUGGUCGGAAGACAGUACCAUUCAAGUUUCAUCAAAGUCAAUUUCAUCAAAGAACUCAGCACCUGACCCGUUAAAAAAUGAUGACAAUUUUAUGGAUAGCAAAAGCAACAUUCACGGCCAUAUUAAGGAUAAAGAUACGUCAUCAAAAAUAUUGGGAUCAAGAAAUACACGGCAGCAGUGCGAGAGCGAAGAGGAAGGCGAGUGUGAGGAGGCUACAACGCAUCAUCUCACGGAGGCAACAACUUCCGCCACGGAAUGGAUGGGAGUAACAACCAACAGUGACGAGUGUAGUUACAGUUCGGAACUUGGGGAAUCUGAUAUAGCCAGCGAGGCUAAUUAUGGAGAAUUCGUGGAGCAUCCUUUCUUAUGGGAAUUUGAAUUACCACCUCCGAUAUUAUUUAAUUCUACUUGCACAUCGUCUGAUCGUGUUUCGUGUACGAUUUGGACGCGGCGUGACAUCAAGAAGGCUGAAUUAUCAGUGCUUGAUAUCAGUUCAGCAAUUAUUGCCAGAGUCGAAUCCAUGCCAGAGGGCAUGAAUUAUUUUUACGGCGGUUUAAUACUUAGUGUCGCUUUAUGUCUGAUACCAUCAAUAAAACGGCUGAGUGAUCAUGUGGGAUCAGAUAACAUCGGUAAUGCAUCUGUUAGUCUGUUACCAAGUGACAUGAUCCAGAUGAACUUUGAAACCUACACCGAUGACUUGUGCAGAAUAAUUGGCAUAGCAUUCGGAAGUACUUUUUGGGAACGAACGAUGGUGUUAAUUUCAAUAUUUGAAAGAUUCACGCUGUCAUGCUGUCUAUUUUUCUUGCUUGCAGUAGCGGAACGAACGUAUAAACAGAGGCUUUUGUAUGCAAAAUUAUUUUCUCACUUGACAUCAUCCAGACGCGCGCGUAAGUCCGAUUUGCCGCACUUCCGCUUGAACAAAGUGCGCAACAUAAAGACAUGGUUGAGCGUCAGAUCUUAUUUGAAACGAAGAGGUCCGCAACGAUCUGUAGACGUAAUUGUUUCAGCAGUAUUUCUUGUUACGUUAUUAUUGCUGUCACUCGUAAGUCUGGAAUUAAUUAAAGAUCUCGAAAGUUUGCACUCACGAUACAAUGUCGAGGCAUUAUUCUGGUGCUUCUCGCUUGGGAUAUUUAUAUUACGAUUUAUGACGUUAGGAACAAAGAUCAACAAAAAAUACAGAAAUCUCUCAAUUUUGAUAACUGAACAGAUCAACUUAUACUUGCAAAUUGAGCAAAAGCCACAUAAGAAAGAAGAGCUUAUGGUUGCAAAUAGCGUAUUGAAAUUGGCGGCUGACUUGAUAAAGGAAUUGGAGAGUCCGUUCAAAAUCUCUGGACUCUCGGCUAAUCCGUAUCUGUACACCAUUACUAAAGUGGUGCUACUGUCAGCACUCUCAGGCGUGCUUUCGGAAUUGCUCGGUUUCAAGCUGAAACUGCAUAAAAUAAAAAUCAAAUAAAGAAAUACGAGAAGUAAUGGAAGAAAUCACGUAUCCUCUGUUAAUCUCGGAUGUUUACUGGAUUUGAAAAUCUAUCAGCGAAAAUUGCUUGGCUUAAUUAUACUUAGUUAAUUUUAGGUGCUUUAGCUUAUUCAACUUCGAGACUGUAAGUAACAAAAUCUUAUUUAGCUAGUCACAUUAAUGACAAUUUAGUCUAAUACCUACUCAAUAUAUUCCAAAUUGAAAAAACUACGUAAUUAUGACAGAAUUUAUAAUGAAAUUUUCAUUUAAGAGAAAAAUUUAUUUCAAAUUUGUUGAAGAGAUUGAAAAGCAUAUGAUUUUAACUCUUUGCUACACGACUACUUCAUUCGUGUUGCUGAUAUUAAUAGACUAAUGAAUAUUAAACUGAUUUCAAAACUGAUUUCUCGGUAUCACGGCCGACUAAUUUAGUGGUACAAAAAUUAUAAUAUAAAGGUGAGUCAAUAAAUUAUUCAAAUGUUUAUAAAAUUUAUUAGAACGGUAGAAAAUCCAUGUGUCAAUUUGUAACGUACCGUAGUCUCCUUGCUUUCUGACGCACUUGAUUUAAUCUAAUAUUCUGUUUGUACAAUGAAAAGCAAAACUAUAUAAUGACAUUAUUGUAGGUUUUCUACUGUUCUAUAAAUAUAUUCCGAAUAAUUGUUGACUCAUCUCACACGUAGUUAAAUCACUUAACGCACACAUUUGACAAGGCAAUACAUUUAUUGUAUGCUGUAGAACAGAACUUUAGCCUAAAUGAGCCUUUUUUCCGAGUUGUUGCAUAUUAUUGCUUUAUCACUGUUAGCCUAUUAUAUUGAAUACUAAAAACUGUAUAAAAAUAAUUCUUACACUUAAUGAGAUAUGUAAAGUGUUUGGAAUCUAUUCAAUGUACAGUGUAAAUAUUAAAAAUUUAUAGCAAUAAUAAGGGCUCGAUAAACUACGCAAGAAGGACUUCCCUCAAGAAAGUGCUUUUUUAGUUUUAAAUUAAAAAUUUUGAUGUUUUCCGAAUGUUGUAGCAAGAUUUUAUUAUUGUUAUGAAUGGAGAACAUUCUAUUUUGUAUAUUAUCUUGCAUAAAUUUUGUAACUACCGAUUCGUGAUAGUACCUAUUUGAACGAAUAUAUAUUCGUUGAGCUUCGUUAAUGAUAAGAAGAUCAAUCGUCAUAUAUACUCUAAGGCUAUGUAAGAGGGUGAGUCAAUAAUUAUCUGGAAUCUAUUUAUAAAAUUUAUUAAAGCGCAAACAGAUAUUUUUCAACAUACUCCUCUUGCUUUUCAACGCACCUAGCAUCCCGUAAAUUUAUUUACGCUCAAAAAAGAAUAUUUUUUAUUAAUCUUUCAGCUACACAUGCACUACUUUUUUUAUAUCCUACUCAGUGACAAAUUGAAUAGUGAACGAUCACCAUGUAUUUGAUCCAAAUUUAAAGAUAGAAAUUGUCGAUUUGCCACUAAAAGGCAUAAACCAACUUGUUGAAUGCUAGAUGCUUCAAAUAUAGUUUUGAAAAGCAUGGGGACUAUGUUGAAAAAUCAACAUAAAUUUCUAUUAAAGCUUUAAUAAAUUUUAUAAAUACAUUCCGGAUAAUUGACUCUCAUUCUAAUGUAAUCUGACAACUUGCGAUAUAUUUUCGCAAACAUUUUAAUGUAUUUGAAAUGUGUGUAUAAUUAUAUAAUUGCACAACAUACUUGAAGAUAUAUGUAAAUACUGUAUGUAUUACGAGAUAGAGUAUGUAUUAUGAGAAGAAUAGUACCUGUGCGAUAAAAAUAAGAUUGAAUGUAAAUUAUUUUUCAAACACACAUUUAAAACUUGUCGCAAAUACAUAAGAAAUAAAAGCAAAUAUAU